CACUCAUAUCAUUCAUCACUCAUUGCAAAUCACAACAUUUUUUACUCACUUCUCGAAUCAUUCGAAAAUGAUGUAUUACAAGUCUAAUUCAGACUCCUCUUCGUCGAUAACAUGGGAAUGGCAUUAUGAUUAUUUGCCAACUUCGAGGCAAAUAUCGAAUUCGGAUCCGUUGGAGAGGAUAGUGAAGCUGGUGUCUCGGAGCGCGGUGGUGAUAUUCAGCCGGAGCAGCUGCUGCAUGUGCCAUGCAGUGAAGCGCCUCUUCUGCGGGAUGGGAGUGAAUGCGACUGUGUAUGAGCUGGACCAGGACCCUUUCUUGGGCAAGGAGAUUGAGAGGGCUCUGCUCAGCUGGCUCGGGGACUACUCCAAGACUAGUGUUCCGGUUGUUUUUAUUGGGGGGAAGCUGGUGGGAGCUAUGGACAGAGUCAUGGCGUCUCAUAUUAAUGGGACUCUGGUUCCUCUGCUUAAGGAAGCUGGAGCUCUUUGGCUCUGAUCUGUCUCUUCAAGUUUAGUGAAUCAACUAGCUAGCUAUUUGUAGCUUAAUGUAUUUAGUUAUCUAUGUACUUCAUGCUAUCAGAGGCGAUCAAAUGUAUUAGUAUAAUUAACAAAUUAUUAACCCUGUGAGGCUGAUCAGCUAAUUAUUAGGCCCAUACAAUCUGUUGUACUGUAUAGAGAAAGCUCAACUUAUUAUGGAAAUGCAAGUUGCCUGGUGCCUAAAUAAUAGUAACAAAUUUAUACA